AUGUUACCGAUGAAUAAUAAUCAAGCAAAUUUUGUACAAGAACAACGUUAUAUUGAACAAGAACGGCCACUUAAAUCACAUAUCGGUCUUGCUCUACUCGCUUUAUUAAUAUUUCCACCUGUUGGUAUCGUUGCUAUGAUUUUAAGUAUAUGGUCUCUAUGUGGUCAACAAGAUCGAGAUUUGUCGAGGAAAUUUGGCAAUGCUGUUUAUUGGAUAUCUCUAUUGUCUAUCUGUUUAUCAUUUCUUCUUCUUUUUACACUUUUCACUUACUUUACUUAUCAAUAUUUAAUCAAUCGAUCAAUUAUUACUAGACAAUCUCUAACUAAUUAUCGAACAUAUCGACCACUAAUAAAAGAUACAGACUAUAUUUAG